GCCACAUCUUGCCUUCUCCCCCCAUCAUCUGCACGCCCCCGCGCCCCCUUGCACUCAUUCGAUAACCCAAGAUGCCUCGCGCGGAAGUCGGAACCCCGAAAUAUGUCGCCAAUCAGAUGAAGUCGAAAGGCCUGCAGCGGCUGCGCUGGUACUGUCAAGUCUGCGAGAAACAGUGCCGUGACGAGAACGGCUUCAAGUGCCAUGCCCAAUCCGAGUCCCAUCUCCGGCAGAUGCUCGUCGUCGGCGAGCACGCAGGGAAGCACAUCUCGAACUUCUCCGCCGAGUUCCAGAGCGAGUUUGUGAGGCUGCUGAGCAGGAGGUUCGGUACGAAGCGCGUGCUGGCGAACCGUGUAUAUCAGGAGUACAUCUCGGACAAGAGCCAUCUGCACAUGAACGCGACGCGAUGGGUCACGCUCACGGAGUUCAUCAAGCACUUGGGCCGGACAGGUGUUGCUCGCGUGGAUGAGACGGAGAAGGGCUGGUUCAUUGCUUGGAUCGACAACAGCCCGAAAGCGCUGGCGAAGCAGGACGCCGCACAGAAGAAGGAGCGCCUCACGACAUCAGACGAGCAGCGCGAGCGCAAUCUCAUCGCAGAGCAGAUCGAGCGCGCGAAGGCUGAGGCUAAAACCUCACCAUCAUCGGGCUCCGAGGAGGAGAAGGAAAAGGAGCCGGAAGUGGGCCUCAAGCGUGACGAAGGCGCGGAGAAGCUUAAGCUCUCAUUUGCUCCGAAGACCACUGCCACCCCCGCUCCCUCCGCCCCCGCACCACUCAAGCUCAACCCACUAAAGGCGAACCCCUUGAAGCGACCGAAUGUCUUCAAGGCCGCCGCCUCCAAGCCCGCACCAGCUAACGACAAGAAGCGGUCGCUCAGCGCGGCAGAGCAGCUCAUCAUCGAGGAGCAGGAGCGCAAGCGGAGAAAACUCGAGCGGGAAGGUCAUAGUGUAACAGCAUGA